CACUGACCUCACAUCCGGAUGGCCCUAUGGUGUCAAACCGCGGAUAACAUCCCAAUUUGAACAAGAACCCGCCACCACGGGAUGUUUCGCUCUCAUUGCAUUGAAAUUACAGGAAACAGAAAUGUUCAUGUGCAGUCACUGCUUCUAUUUGGUGUAUAAGAAGAGUUUCAAGAUAAACUACCCAGUACUGUACAGGAAUUUUUCGGAUGUAUGCCCUUUGUUAAUUUUUUGA